AUGGAUAAGAUGAUCCAACAGCCCAGGCCGAGGGGGCCGCCUACGCCCAGCAUGAGUACCCCUGCUCCUGACUUCGAGCAGCAACUUACAGGAUCGCCUCCGCCUCCCCCUACACCCGCGGCCUCACCAGGGCCGACAAACGCGCAGCCCGAUUGGAGUGAUGCCGCCGACGACGAGGACUUCUUUCUGGCCCACGUACGCCAGCACUUCAAGAACUGUUCGGGCCCGCAGAGGAACCGGAUCCUCGCUGAUCUACUGAACAUAUGCACGACUCAACAGCUCAGUUUCGUGCACCAGUUUGUCAGCCCCCUACUUAAGAAAGACCCGUUUACCAGUUUACCGAACGAGCUGUGCUUGAGGAUACUGUCCUUUAUCGAUGAUCCGCAGGUCCUCGCACGGGCAUCGCAAGUGUCUAAGAGGUGGAGAGAUCUUUUGAGUGACGAUGUAACGUGGAAAAACCUUUGUGUCAAACACGAUUAUGGUCGUCGACUUUCUGAAGUUUCCUAUGGAAUGCAGCCGCUCACAUCGAGUAGGCCCGAAGCCAUGCCUCUUUCCGACCCUGAAUACACCCAUAGCUUUUCAGGCGCUAUUCCUGGGCUUUCGAAUUUUCACCCUGCGGUGCGCAGCUCUGACACCGUCUCGGAAGGUUCAUCAAGCCUAGGCCGACCGAAGCUUCGGUCGUAUAAGUCUCACUUUAAGCAAAGAUACCUCGUCGAGUCGGCGUGGAGGACGGGUGGGCGCAACACUACGCGUACUAUCACCCAGGAUAAUCGCGUCGUGACUAGUUUGCAUUUAACCCCGAAAUACAUUGUCGUCGCUCUUGAUAACGCGAGAAUUCACAUCUUUGAUCGGGAAGGCAAUGCCCUCCGCACUCUCCAAGGCCAUAUCAUGGGCGUCUGGGCCAUGAUUCCGUGGGAAGAUAUCCUCGUCAGCGGGGGGUGCGACCGCGAUGUCCGAGUCUGGGAUAUGACUAAUGGAAAUUGCCUGUAUACUCUGCGUGGCCACACGUCGACGGUACGCUGCCUUAAGAUGUCAGAUGCGAACACUGCAAUUUCCGGCUCGCGAGAUACCACCUUACGGGUCUGGGAUAUUAGACAAGGCGUCUGCAAGAACGUGCUUGUCGGUCACCAAGCCAGCGUGAGGUGCCUAGAGAUCAAGGGUGACAUAGUGGUAUCCGGGAGCUACGAUGCGACGGCGAAGAUAUGGAGUAUCUCUGAAGGCAGAUGCCUCCACACUCUGACUGGACACUUCAGCCAGAUCUAUGCUAUCGCGUUUGACGGCCAUCGCGUUGUUACGGGAAGUCUCGACACCAGCGUUCGUGUUUGGGACGCUCAUACUGGCGAGCCUAUUGCCGUUCUUCAGGGCCAUACCUCCUUAGUAGGCCAGCUACAGCUCCGCGGAAACACGCUCGUCACUGGUGGCUCCGACGGCUCGGUCAGGGUUUGGUCUCUCGAGAAGAUGUGCCCGAUCCACCGGCUAGCAGCACAUGAUAACAGCGUCACCAGUCUCCAGUUUGACGACACCCGUGUCGUAAGCGGUGGUAGCGACGGCAGGGUCAAAGUAUGGGACGUGAAGACUGGCCAUCUCGUCCGCGAGCUCAUCACCGCCGAGUCCGUUUGGAGGGUCGUCUUUGAAGACGAAAAGUGCGUCGCGGUUGCUAAUAGGGGUAGUAGAGUUAUGAUGGAGGUAUGGUCGUUUUCACCCCCCGAGGACGCAUUUUGCGAGAGACAGCUUUCCCUCCCCCAAACGCUAGCCGAACCAUCUCCGAACCGACCUCUCACGGGCGACUUCCGGCGGUCUACAUUAGGGUUAGGAUGCUCGGAUGAAGACCCCGGGAGCAAGGAUGUGGACAUGAGCGAUGCCGGCCCGUCUACCGCGCCUCUCAUCGGCAAUUCGACAUUCUUCCACGACGAUUAG